UUGGCGUGAUGGCGGAGGAACUCAAGAGGUACCUAUACAGUUUGAUGAAAUUGGUGGAUGGUCUUCAUGCUAUAGUCAUCACUGACAGAGAUGGGGUUCCUGUGAUUAAAGUUGCUGGAGAGAAUGCUCCUGAGCUGGCUCUCAGACCAAACUUUCUAUCAACCUUUGGGCUAACCACUGAACAAGCUGGCAAACUUGGAUUGGCAAAAAACAAGAGUGUGGUUUGCAUGUACGCUUCAUAUCAGGUAGUACAGAUCAAUAAAUUGCCAUUUCUGAUAACAUUGGUGGCUAAGUCAGAUGCUAAUACAGGCAUGUUGCUGAGCUUGGAGAAAGAGCUUAAGGAAUCAUUACAGGACUUGAGAGAGGUACUGACUGUUCCACAAGGACUGUCAUAAGUGUGUGGAUACCUCAGUGAGCAGACGGUUACUAAUGCUACACACAGAUUGUACAUGACAAGUGUGUCAACUUUGUACAAGGAAGAACAUGUUCUCUUCACAGAUCCAAUAUUCUCCGAAAAAUCAUUUUUCCCAUGCAUCAUUUUCCAGACAAUUCAGUCUGUGUUCGCUUUGUUUCCUAAUUCUGGCACCUUAACAGUACAAAUGCUGACUGUUUUUUCUGAUGUUCUCAUUACAUAUCACUUCACCUGGUAAUAUUCAUACCUACAUGUGUACAAGACAUAUAAUACUUUUCCUAAAAGAAUAGUUACUGUAGAUGAACUAGAAGCCUAAGUAUGAGAGAGACAUUGUGGUGAUAUAGUAAAACUGGUAUUAAAAAAAAAACAUUAUACAGCAUUUUGGUGUUAAGGUGAAUGAUUGAAUGACAUACUGUUACUGAGGUGAAUGACUAUAUUCAAGUAUAUUUAUUGAAGACUAACUCAUCUACAUGUCAGUGUUAGCAGAAUCAGAACUGCAAUUCUGUUCUGGUAGCUUACAUGUAUUGGUGCAACUACAACAUGUCAAUUGGGAAACC